AGUAGCCUGGCUGUACAUUCCUCGUCCACUUUGCAGUUCUCCAGAGUCAGCCACUGCUACAUCAUGUGGGCCCUGGACUUCCUGUUCCUCUUCCUCCUCAUACAGCUGACGGCACGGGUGGACUCCAGUGGUGAGCACCAAGGCUCUGCCUGCAUGAGCUACCUGUCACCAUCUACCCACUGGUGGUGGAACAAGUUAGGGAGGAGACGCAUGGACAAGGGAGCAACCUCCUACUGGCUAAUCGGGCUCCAUUCCUGGACUGAGGCCAGGAUGGAACUUUAAAGACCCACAUCGUGAUUCUCAGCUCAGUUAGUCCCUGCCUCCUAUCUGCAGGUACCUGGUGCUACGACUCCCAAGACCCAAAGUGUGGUGAGAACAGUUGUAACAGACUAUAUGGAUCUGUCUGGUCUCUGUCAGCUCCUGUGCUCCAAAGGACUGGAUACCAGGCAGCAGGCACACUGUGAUUCUGUGUAUCUGCUGUCAGGGUCUGUGAACCUAUGGGUGUGACUAGACCGUGUGUGUGUUGAGAUGGUCCCCAGCAUGAGUAUGUAACCAUGUCUCUCUACCUUAUAUCUCUAUGGGCCAAUAUGCUUGCAGACAUAUAAGUCAGAUGGGUGCUGCUGCAGCCAGGUGUGUGGAGGGCAGAGGGAGGGCAUCUGGGUAUAUGGAAUCCCUCCUCAUUGCUCUCCCAGACGUGCCUCCUAGAUCCCUGCUACUGACUCUAGUCCUUGUUUCCUCAGGCCCUACCCACUGGAAGGAGCUAGCACCUGCCUGUGGGGGUCCAACCCAGUCCCCUAUCAAUAUUGACCUUCGAUUGGUCCAGCGGGACUACACUCUUAAGCCCUUCAUCUUUCAAGGCUAUGACUCAGCACCUCAAGAUCCUUGGAUCCUGGAGAAUGAUGGCCAUACAGUGUUACUGCGAGUAAAUUCCUGUCAGCAGAACUGCCCAGCCAUCCAAGGGGCUGGGCUCCCGUCAGCAGAGUACCGGCUACUGCAGCUGCAUUUCCACUGGGGCAGCCCAGGGCACAAAGGCUCUGAGCACAGCCUGGAUGAGAAGCAUGGCUCUAUGGAGAUGCACAUGGUCCACAUGAACACAAAGUACCGGAGCCUGGGGGAUGCACGAAGCCGACCUGAUGGGUUCGCUAUACUGGCUGUGCUGCUGCUGGAGGAGGACAGGGACAAUCCCAAUUUCUCUGCCAUUGUGUCUGGCCUGAAAAAUUUAUCUUCACCUGGGGUAUCUGUGAAUCUGACGUCCACCUUUGCACUGGCCUCUCUGCUGCCAAGUGCUUUGGGGCUCUUGCGAUACUACCGUUACUCUGGGUCUCUGACCACGCCAGGCUGCGAGCCAGCGGUGCUCUGGACUGUCUUUGAAAACACGGUACCCAUUGGGCGUGCGCAGGUAAUCCAGUUCCAGGCCGUGCUCCGGACUGGGCCACCAGGUUUGCACCCCAGACCACUCACUGACAAUUUCCGCCCCCAGCAGCCUCUUGGAGGGCGCAGGGUAUCCGCCUCUCCCGAAGCAUCCAUCCGAUCAUCAGUGCCUCCCUUGUCCUGUCUGCACCUGGCUCUUUGGGGCUUGGGAGUUGGCCUGAGGCUCUGGCAGGGUCCUUAGGAUCCAGCAAUCGCUCCACAGUAGUGCUUCCAUAAUAAAUCAUGACCUUGGCCUAA